CGAACGUGCCGUAAGUAGCUCGUAGGUGUAGCAGACUCGGAAGAAAUCAACAUGGAUAUCGACCAUCCUGGACCAUCAGUAUCAUCCUCGGCUUCGACUUCAUCAAACCCCCAUUUGGCGACUUUUGUAUUCGAAUCUGCUUUGCCUAAAGAUGACUACCUCAAGCUCAUCGAACCUGGCGGUCUAGUUCAUAGGCUCGUGCAACGUCUAAUGGAGAAGUAUGGUGGUGAGAAACAGGUACGAAUCGCCCUAUUCAUAGCUCCUUCCGAACCUCCCGAUAUCAUCGGUGCAUUUGCCACUCCUGUCACUCCUAUCAAGAAGGAUUUCGCCUCUCCUUCUGCCUUCCUAGGAUCUUUACCAAGAUUAUCAAUUCAUUUCGCAACCGGUAUGGCGGACAAGCUUGCAGAAGAUUCUUGGAACAUGUUCAUUGAUGAAUCUCAACUGGAUCUGGAUUCCUUGUCUGGCCCCAAUCAUGCACAUUCCAAACGCUCGGAAGCAUGCCUCAUCGCCGGUGUCGUAGGAGGAUUAGAGUUACUAUUACGUCCCAAGCUUCCCGAUAGCCCCACCUCUCUGAGACAAACGAUAGCGUCCUUGUUUCCUGCAGGUGCCACUACUCUCUUAGCUCCUAUGCUCACCCCACCGUCUACACCGCCCAUUCCACCACCUAGGUCGUUGAUUCUCGUUGCGCUCUCUCCGGUCGGUGAAGAGACGAUGAACAUGACUCCGGGCAGCGAUAGCUCCGAUGAGGUGGUCUCGAAACGGCAUUGGUAUACCAUGUUCGAUGGACAAGGAUGGACCAAAUUAUCGGACAAGUGUAGAGUGAGGGAUGUGGAUUGUUCUCUGAUCUUGAGAGGUCAGUCACCUUCCUCCGGUUUGGCCAAAACGUUGCAUGACUUUUGCGUAUCGGCUUCACCUGCCGAAGAUGAUAUCUGGUUCGACUGUCCAUCAGGAUGGGACGUACGCCUCUCCGGAUUCUCAAUAGAUUCCAAUACAGCGGUCUCCCCUUCACCCACUGCGGUCGGUACAGCCACAGACACUGCUACUCCAUCUACCCUCGUUGAUCCCAAUCAGAACAACCCGAAGACGGCUCAAGCCAAAGCUCAGGCAGCUAUGCUUCGGUUCAUACAACAAAACGGCCUCCAAAACGGUUCAUUGACACCACAACAAGCAAUGGCUUGGAGGAGUCUCAUGGCUGCCAAAGCGGGAGGAUUAGACAUGAACGAUCCGGCCAUGCAGCAGUUCAAGCAUUUGCUCAUGUUACAACAACAACAAAGACAAGGUCAGGCAGCUAUGAAUCCCGCAGCCGCGGCAGCGGCCAUAGCAGCAGCAGCAGCUGCUGCUGCCAAUGCUUCUGCGACCGCUGGUGAUGCAUCAGGUCCCAACAUAUCGAACAGUCUUCAAGAACAGAUGCUCGCUCGCAUGCGUUUACAACAGUUACAACAAUUGCAACAGAACUCGCAAUCACAACAACCUUUGCCAGCCCAACCUGGGCAAACGAAUCAACCAAACCAAGGUCCACCCACGCAGACUGGUCGACCCAUCGGGGCGAAAAUAUGGUCUGGGGAUAUAGUAUAUCCAGGGGGGACGGCUAAUAAAAAUCGAUUAUCAAUUGAAGCCAUGCUCAUGAGCACCGGUAGUAUACCUGAUUUCCACAUGGAUCAAUGGCCAAAAGAAUUGGUGAUCACCGCUCCUUUGCAAAUGACACUGAUCGGGAUCCAAGAAUUCGUCAAAAAGAACCGCACACCUCUUCUCGCCUUGAAUCCCACAACGGGGGAUCCGCAAAAUGUUACGAAAUACCAAAAUUUUCUUUCGAGCAUGUCCCAGCGGGGUACCAUGGCCCUCAUAAGCUUCGGAACAUCCGAUCGAGGUUUGGUCAUCUUCGGAUCCAGUUUAGUGGUGCCGGGUGGUACAGAAAGGACUAUGAGGAUGCUUGCUGUCGUAUGUAUGAACGUCCCAUUGCCCAAUCGCCAAUCACAGCCCUCGCAACUAUCAACGUCGUCUUCCAUAUCUUCCGUUCAAAGUAGCAUUGGCUCUCAAGUAAACCCAGAUCCCUCCCUUCAACCAAAUGUCAACGCUCAGAUCAACUUAAACCCAACUAUCCAAUCUGACAUGAACUCCCAACAAUUCCCUUCCUUGCAACGUCGUCCUUCAAACUCCGAACCUGCAAUCCAUCAACCAGGUCUUCAGAGACCUAAUUUCCGUCCUCCCAAUUUCUCCCAACCUACGUCAAAUAUACAAUCUCAACAACCCACCCAACCUCAACCAGGUAUACAAGGUCCAUCAUUACCUCAAAUGACUCCUCAACAGAUGAUGGCGAUCCGUCAGUUGGCAGCGAAACAUAAUCUCAACUUAGCCCCGGAGUUUGAUCUCCAAGCCGAUCCCACCAAGUUCAAGGCGGUAUUGGCGUGGAUCCAAAGGGGGGAGGCGAUGUCAAGGGAGCAAGCAGCAUCCUCUGGGUCUACUGCACCAGGUCAAUCGGGUCAGAUGGGACAACAACCCAAUGUGUAUGAUCAAUUAUCAUUAGGUACGACUCAACUCAAUGGAGGAUUCGGUAUCAAUCAACCGGGUCAAGGACAAAUGCAAAUACCAAUGCAAUUGCCUCUUGGUCAAAUGGGACAGAUGGGUCAAUUAGGUCAAUCGGAUCAGAAUAGGAAUUAUCAAUCAGGUGGAAGUGAUUAUCAAUCAUGAUUGUUCUUAUUCUCGUUCUCUGUUCUUGUCUUUUGUUCUUUUACUGUCUUUCGCAUUUCCAUUCUCAUAAAGGACCUGUUGUAUCGUAUGUACUUGCAAAUUUCACUGUAUG